UCUGCCUUCGUCGUUGUGUCGAGACUGUCGAGUCAGUUCACUCAGUUCACGCCUAUUAAGUAUAGCGUUGCCUGAUUUUUUACCUUCGCUUACUUGUUGUUUACCUUUUAAUCUGUCCCGUCUCUUGUGCACUAGAAAUUACCACUACGUGUUUUCAUACACUUUAUUUCAAGUUCAGAGUUACUAAUAAGUACUGCAUUGCAUCAUCAACACAACUACUUUUAUAUAGUUAUUAAAAAUGUCGUCAGACGAUUCGAGUGAUUCUGAGUUUGACGAAGAGACAGUUGUAAGAAACUUAGAAGAAGAGGCAAAGACAAUUGUGAAUGGGCUGCUACCUCAAAAGUCUCGCGCUCUGUAUGAAAAAGCACAUGCUCAAUACAUGGACUGGAAAACCAAGAAUGAAGCAUCGUUUGAUAAAAGUUCUUUUUUAGUUUACUUUGAAGAGCUAUCAAAAAAAUUCAAGCCACCUAGUCUGUGGAGCCAUUGGGCAAGACUGAAAGCAACGUUGAAUAUAAAGAAUAACAUCAAGAUUGAAAAAUACUUGUUGUUAAAAACUAUACUAAAAAAUAAAUCCAAGGGUUAUAAACCGAAAAAGUCUCUUAUUUUAACAUGGCCACAGAUAACAGAGUUUCUCAACUCUGCUGAAGAUAGUAUUUACUUGUUAAUGAAGGUAUUUAAUAUGACUAUUAUUAUUUUUUUAUUUGCACUAUUUAUUAGCUACUUAUAAAUGUUAUUAUAUUAAUAAAUGAUGCAAACAAUUUAUACGUCGUUACUAUUGGUGAUACAAAAACCUACUAUCCUCGUAAUUUUGUCAUCGGUUCGCCUUAUUACGCCAUAAUAAAAAAAUAUGUGGCUUUUAGACCCGAAAAUACAACCACUGACAGAUUUUUGCUUCACUAUAUUAGUGGAAAAUAUAUCCGUCAAGUGGUAG